AUGGAGAAGGAAAAUGGAACUCAGUCAUGGGCAAAUAUUGUAGCAGGGAAUAAGCUGGCAUCGAGAGGAAUGAAUCUUCAAUAUAUUGCAUCAAUGAUUCAAGAUGGGGAGAAAAUUAUAAAAUUAGAUCUAGAGGAUGUGAAGUUCCCAAAUCUUCCCCUGAAUUACUGGAGUAUGAAAGCAUUAAGUAAGAUAGGGAGUGCCCUGAGAAAUCCAGUAUAUGCGAAUGAUUGUACAAUUGGUACAAUCAGAAUCUCUUAUGCGAGAAUGCUAAUUGAGAUGGACAUUACAAAACCUCUUACUAGAAGGGUGAAGCUGCAGGAUUCAAUGAGGAAAACAAUUGAACAAGAGAUAAGCUAUGAUUGGGAACCAACAUACUGCAACAAAUGUCUACAAAUAGGAUACAAUUGCAAUGAAAACAUAAUGCAACAACCACAAAGGCAGGCAUACAGAGGGAGAGGAAAUAAAGUCAAACAAGUCUGGCAGAAGACUGAGAAAGCUGGACCUAAGAAAAUAAUCAGGAGAAGGAGCAAACAAAGAAGAUGGAAAUAA